AUCACAUUAUUCUCAGAAACCCAAAAAAACAAAAAAAUACUCAAUAAAAAUCCCUAAAACCCUUUUUCAUUCAACAAAAUCCGAAUGGAUCCGUACAACACAUUCUCAUCAUCGGCAGCCAUGGCACAAAAGACAUGGGAGCUAGAAAACAACAUAGUGACAAUGGAAACACCACAAUCAUCGGAAUCAGACAGCAUCUUCUACUACGAUGAAACAGCACAAGCGAAAUUCCAACAAGAAAAGCCAUGGGCAAACGACCCACAUUACUUUAAACGGGUAAAGGUGUCGGCUUUAGCGUUGUUGAAGAUGGUGGUACACGCAAGGUCAGGUGGGAAUAUAGAAGUGAUGGGGUUGAUGCAGGGGAAAACUGAUGGGGAUUGUAUUAUUGUGAUGGAUGCUUUUGCACUUCCUGUUGAAGGUACUGAAACCAGAGUCAAUGCUCAAGCUGAUGCUUAUGAAUAUAUGGUUGAUUAUUCCACCACUAACAAACAGGCAGGGAGGUUGGAAAAUGUUGUGGGCUGGUACCAUUCUCAUCCUGGCUACGGAUGUUGGUUGUCUGGUAUUGAUGUUUCUACACAGAUGUUAAACCAGCAGUUUCAAGAGCCGUUUCUGGCUGUUGUUAUUGAUCCAACCAGGACUGUUUCUGCUGGGAAAGUUGAGAUUGGAGCUUUUAGGACAUACCCGGAAGGGUAUAAGCCGUCAGAUGAACCUGUGUCCGAAUAUCAGACUAUUCCUCUUAACAAGAUUGAAGACUUUGGUGUCCAUUGCAAGCAGUAUUACUCAUUGGACACCACCUAUUUUAAGUCAUCUCUUGAUUGUCACUUGUUGGAUUUGCUUUGGAACAAGUAUUGGGUGAAUACACUUUCUUCUUCUCCUUUGCUUGGGAAUGGUGACUAUGUUGCAGGGCAGAUAUCAGAUCUUGCUGAAAAACUGGAGCAAGCUGAAGGCCAGUUAACACAUUCACGUUACGGACCUCUCAUAGCCCCCCCUCAAAGAAAGAAAGAGGAAGAAUCCCAACUUGCCAAGAUUACACGAGAUAGUGCAAAGAUUACUGUGGAGCAGGUUCAUGGGUUGAUGUCACAGGUUAUCAAGGACAUACUCUUCAACUCGGUUCGUCAAUCAAACAAAUCUCAUGCAGAGUGCUCAGGCCCCGAGCCUAUGGUCCAAUCAUGAAGAUAGUCCCUUGGUGUUAUGAUUGCUUGACAAUGAAACACUAGUACUUUAUGACUGAACAGUUUUGUUGCUUGUUCUUAUUGAUAUAAGUGUUCUUAAUUGUUCAAUCAUGUUAUAUUUUGCUACGGAUAUCUUGUUCAAGUAUCUAUUUGUUUCAUAA